AGGGGAAAAUCUUCAGCUCACGGGGUAGUAGGUUCAGGCGCGCGCGCCGCUCAGCAUUAGCAAUGACGACUAUGGGAGUCAACGGAUUCGGCCGCAUUGGGCGCCUGGUUUUCCGCGCAGCCAUGGAAAAUCAAAGUGUUACCAUGGUGGCUGUCAACGACCCCUUCAUGGACUUGGAAUACAUGAAGUAUUUGCUGAAGUACGACUCCGUGCACAAGAGAUUCAACGGCACAGUUUCUACCAAGAAGGAAGCCAAUGGUGACGAGUAUUUGGUUGUCAACGGCUUGAAUGUUCGGGUGUUUCACGAGAAGGAUCCCACGCAGAUCCCUUGGGGAGCCGUUGGUGCGCUCUACGUGUGCGAGUCCACCGGCGUGUUUUGCGACAAGGACAAGGCCUCUAAGCACUUGCAGGGCGGUUGCAAGAAGGUGAUCAUCUCUGCUCCGCCAAAGGACAACACACCUAUGUUCGUGAUGGGGGUGAACCAGGAGAACUAUACCAAGGAUCUUAACGUUGUGUCCAACGCCUCCUGCACUACCAACUGCCUGGCGCCCUUGGCCAAGGUCAUCAAUGACAACUUUGGAAUCGUCGAGGGGCUGAUGACUACAGUCCAUGCCAUGACAGCCACGCAGCUCACGGUGGAUGGUCCGUCUCGAGGCGGCAAGGACUGGCGUGGUGGACGAUGUGCGUCCGAAAACAUCAUUCCCUCCUCGACCGGCGCGGCGAAGGCCGUGGGCAAGGUCAUCCCAGCCUUGAACGGCAAGCUCACAGGAAUGGCCUUCCGAGUCCCCACGCCGGAUGUGUCCGUGGUGGACCUCACUUGCCGAAUCGAGAAGGCUGCGACCAUGGAGGACAUCGAGGCUGCCAUCAAGAAGGCAGCUGAAGGGCCCAUGAAGGGCGUGCUCGGCUUUACGGAUCACGAGGUGGUGUCGAUGGACUUUGCCACUUGCCCGUUUUCCUCCAUUUUUGACAAGUGCGCGUGCAUCGCGCUCAAUGACAAGUUUGUCAAGCUUGUCUCAUGGUAUGACAACGAGUGGGGCUACUCCAACCGCUUGGUUGAUUUGGCCAUCCACAUGUCCCAGGUGGAUGGCGUGAUCCCCCCUCCCGCCAAGAUCGAGAGCAUCAAGGCCCGUGAGAUCUUCGACUCGCGCGGUAACCCCACCGUCGAGGUUGACCUGGUGACCAACGACCACCUUUUCCGCGCCGCGGUCCCCAGUGGAGCCUCCACUGGCAUUUAUGAGGCGCUGGAGCUGCGCGAUGGAGACAAGCAGCGGCUGCUGGGAAAGGGCGUGCUCAAGGCGGUGCAGAAUGUGAACGAGAAGAUUGCACCCAAGCUGGUGGGCAUGGACGUGACUAAGCAGAAGGAGAUCGACAAGCUGAUGGUGGAGAUCCUGGACGGCACCCAGAACGACUGGGGCUGGUCCAAGUCCAAUCUGGGCGCCAACGCCAUUUUGGCGGUGUCCAUGGCGGUGUGCCGGGCGGGUGCCGCGUCCAUGGAGAUGCCUUUGUACCAGUACCUCUCCAGCCUGUCCGGCCGACCCACCGACUCUUACGUCAUGCCAGUGCCGUCUUUCAAUGUCAUCAACGGCGGCAGCCAUGCUGGAAACCGACUGGCAUGCCAGGAGUUUAUGAUCCUGCCCGUGGGUGCCAAGAGCUUCAGGGAGGCCCUCACCAUCGGCUGUGAGGUUUACCACACGCUCAAGAGCUGCAUCAAGAAGAAGUAUGGGCAGGAUGCCUGCAAUGUGGGAGACGAGGGUGGCUUUGCGCCGUCCGUGCAAGACAACAACGAGGCGCUGGACGUCCUCAUGGAUGCCCUUGAGAAGUCGGGUCACAAGGACAAGGUGAAAAUCGGAACGGAUGUGGCGGCGUCUGAGUUCUUCAAGGAGGGCAAGUACGACUUGGAUUUCAAGAAUCCUGAGAGCAAAGCUGCCGACUGGAAGACCGGCAGCCAAAUGGCUGCUUACUACCAGGAGUGGUUUGCCAAGUACCCCUUCGUCUCCAUCGAGGAUCCAUUCGACCAGGAUGACUGGGAGGCGUAUGCCGAGUUCAACGCCAAGUGCGGCAAGGACAUUCAGAUUGUGGGGGAUGACCUGCUGGUUACCAACACCAAGCGCAUCGGGAAGGCGCUGGAGGUCGGCGCUUGCAACGCGCUUCUUCUGAAGGUGAACCAGAUUGGAUCGAUCUCAGAGGCAAUCGAUGCGGCCAACAUGUCCAUGAUGAACGGCUGGGGUGUCAUGGUCUCCCACCGAUCUGGAGAGACUGAGGAUUCCUUCAUUGCUGACCUGGUCGUGGGACUGCGCACAGGACAGAUCAAGACUGGCGCACCCUGCCGAAGCGAGCGCUUGGCAAAGUACAACCAGCUUCUCCGGAUCGAGGAGGAGCUGGGCUCAAAGGCAGUCUACGCCGGGGAGAAGUUCCGCAACCCUUGCGCCUAAGGGCGAUGGAGGGACGAAUCCUCGAAGCUUUAGGCUUUGUCCGGUAGGACCCAUCUCUGCAGAUGUGCAGCUCUUGGCAGGCUUGUUGC